AUGGUAGGCCAAGGAAUCUACUCAGUGAACAGACAGGACAUCAUCUUGAUGUGUCUUGGUGUGUUCAUCCCGCCUGUCCCCGUGAUCAUGCGGAAGGGUUUCUGGUCCAGGGACACGCUACUCAGUUUCCUACUCACAAUCAUCUUCUACUUCCCAGCCAUCGUCCACAGUGCAUACGUCAUAUACGAGACAAGCACGCAGAGACCAAACAGCAACAGCGGUGCUUCCGGUUCCCGCCUGGGGUCCCGUAACACCGACGACGAGUCCCGCACCCCACUGAACAACGGCUCGCUGGACGUGGACCUGGAGGCCUCGCCCGCGGAGGAGGCCUUGCCCGCGGAGCCGUCCCACACAAAGGACGCACAGCUCCCCAGCUACGAGGAGGUCCCCGCCUCGAGUGCCGUGUUCGGUGACAACAAGGUGCAGCACUGA